AAGUCAUGUCUUUCGAUCUCUCAAUGACUUUUCCUCCGAGGCGACGAACGGUAAAAUGUAAUAACAUCCUCAAACCCAUCAGAAGUAACAAUCACUAAACUUAUUUUGAACUUAUUACGGAGAUGGCCUCUGCUUUCCUUGCAAGUCGCGGCACUUCUGUUAUCUGUUAUUUUGAGAUGUGGGGACAUAAACUUCAACAGCUCUUGGAUGCUUACCAAACAGUGCUUUUGCUCUCUUCAUAUGAAUGCAUUUUAAAACUGUUUGCGGAAUACAACUGAAUUCAUGCAUAAGAUAAAAGCUGCUUCCAAAACACAUUAAUCGCAGUCUUUUUUAUUCGCCCGGCUGUUGAGUCGAUAUUAUUAAGUGGGGAUGAAGGCUAUUCAAUCUGGAGACAGAUGGCCAUGAAGCGUUUAUUUUCACGUCAAGAUAAGAACAAUUUCAAUAUUAGUAGCCACCAUUCAGGUCACACGCGCGGUCAAACUGCUUUUUAAUUCGACACAUAAAGUGAUCGAAAAACUUUUUCGGCCACAAACGGUGCACUGUGAAAUAGCGCGGGAUAAAAUCGUCCGAGUUUGAAGCCCGAAGCGGUGAUUCGGCGACUAAUCUCUUGUUUAACAUGUCUUCUGCUGUAAACCUAACGGAGCAAUUUGCAACUAACAAAAGCACAACUUCGGUGGAAGAUUUCGAUCGACUAGCCAUCGUUCAACUGAUGUGCUACUCUAUAAUCACCGCUGCUGGUUUGAUAGGAAAUACCCUAAUUUGCUUGGCUGUUUUUAAAAGACGCCGCUUGCGUAUCACCGACGUUUUCGUCCUCAAUUUGGCCGCAACAGACUUGGCAACUUGUGUAAUAAGUAUACCAUUUGACUUUGUGGAAAGACUAGUGAAAGAGUGGCCUUUUGGAAACGUGCUGUGUAAAAUCGUGUACCCUUUGCAAACCAUUCUGAUGGCCGUGUCUGUGUACACGCUGCUUUUCAUGAGCUGGGAGAGACAUCGUUCAGUUAUGCCGCCAUUUAAGCCAAAAAUAAAAGCAAAACGAGCAGUUACGAUAGUUUUUAUUCUCUGGGCUGCUAGCAUCAGUUUGGUCGGACCGUACAUUGCCAUUCUUAAAGCUGAAACCAGCGACGGUGUAACUCAGUGCAUGGAAAACUGGCCUAAGAAAUACCAUCCCAAAGUGUUCACGCUUGCAGUUUUUAUAGCUCUGUAUGUGUUGCCACUUUUUGUAAUCACCGCCAACUACAUACGGAUCAGUCAAAAGCUCUGGAGAGACAUACAAAGAAUGCAUAAGGCGAUUGGCGAAAGAAAACGCAACGGUAAAAAGCCACUAGUGCAGGCGAGAGCUCAGCGCAAUAUGAGAAUCGUCAGGAUAUUUAUAAUUGCGGUGAUUGCCUUUUCACUCUGUAUGUUACCCAACCAUAUCAUGUGGAUUUGGAAAGAUUUUGGUUCGGAAAAGGGUCUCCGAUAUUUUGACGGUACUGCCGGGAUAUUUUUAGCCCAUGUGGCACUGUGAAAAUGCUGGUGAUUUCAUGCUUAAGAUUUCGAUCGCAGGAAACUUGCAGCAAUGCGAACAUCUACAGAAAAAGCAAAAUUUCGCGGAGAAGAGAGCGGCGCUCACAAAGAAAAUCAAACCAUCUACCC